GCUCCUUGAAGAUCGUGGUCUUCCACCAAAACUGCCACUACCUUCCUCGAAGUGUGUUACUAGCUAUCUUGAAUUGUUAGAUUUUUUUGCCACCUCUUCACCUAUCAUAGAGUCAUUGAAGACCCCUUUAUCACUUCGAUUGCUAAAGAGGUUUCUAAGUGUCGCGAAGAAUGGUGCGACGCAAGGUUGUUGCGACUCCAGGUUCCUUAAUGACUAUGCCUUGUUCCUACAAAAUGAGCCCCUAGCCAUCUACGCUUUCUCGAAGACUGCGCCUGCUCAGUUGAACUAUGCAAUUGACAUAGAGUCUAACUAUCAGAUAGGCGCAACUCAGGAUUUCUACGCUCCUUUGAUUUCAUAA